AUGCCCCACGCCCAAGAACUCGACUUGGAGAAGAGCUCCGCCAACUCGUACGUCCAAUUCGAUACCGAUGCUGACGUCCCCGUCGAGUACGAGAAUGGCGACACCUGGUACGCGCGCGCGCAACGCUGGGCCGAGAAGAACUACAUGGAGCCGCGCAGUAUCGAGCGCGUGCCGGAGGACGAGCGCCACGACACGUCGCUGAUCAACGUGUGCACGAUGUGGCUGUCCCCGAACAUGGUCAUGGGCCACUUCGCUGUCGGCAUUCUCGGCAAGGCCAUCUACGGAAUGGGGGUCGUCGACUCGAUGCUGGUCAUCCUAUUCGCCAACCUGCUGGGCGUCCUCCCCGUGUGCUUCUUCUCGUGCUUUGGGCCCGUGUUUGGCCUGCGUCAAAUGGUUCUCAGCCGGUUCUGGUUCGGCGCGUACGGCAUCCGCCUCGUGUCCGCAAUCGCCUGUGUUUCGGGGCUCGGCUGGGCGACGGUGAACGUGAUUGUCGGCGCGGAGCUCAUCCACGCGGUCAACACCGACGUCCCCGCCUGGGCUGGGAUCAUCAUCAUCGCCUUCUGCACCUUCCUCAUCACGCUCUUCGGAUACAAGGUCGUGCACUACUAUGAGCGGUACUCGUGGAUCCCCAACUUCAUCGUGUACUUGAUCCUGCUGGGCACGUUCAUCCACUCGGGAGCAUAUGUCCACAUUCCAAUGGGAUCCGGCAGUGCUGAAGUCUCUGGCGUGUUGAGCUUCUUCUCGGUUGUCUUCUGCACAGCUAUCACCACGGGUCUCGACCCCAAUGCCACCGACAACAUUUACCUGAACGGCUACAACGACUCGGGCGCUGGAGGUUUGAUCGGUGCAGUUCUCAUUCCCCACCUAGGAGACUUCGGUCGCUUUUGUCUCGUGAUCAUGGCGCUGUCGACUGUCGCCAACAACUGCCCGAACGUGUACUCGUUCACGCUCAACAUCAAGGUCAUCGGACGCUGGACCCGCUUGGUUCCUCGUUUCAUCUGGGCGCUCAUCGCUGCAGUCGUGUACUCCAUCAUCGCCAUUGAGGGGUACUCGCACUUCGGCCCUCUCGCGAGUCAUGACGACAUUGGCUUCGAGCUGGGCUGCAUCUUCACCGUUGUGGCCUUACUGCUUUCAAGACCUGUCGAGAAACGAAUCUUCAAGCGGUAA